AGUCUACCAUUGCCAUUUCAGAAGUCGAACCGAAAAGACGUGCAUCGGUUCGUUAAUAUUACACAUUGUUUUUUCGCGUAAUAAUUGUGUAAAUUAUAAUUAAUUACAGAAGGCAACGACUAAAUUUAUAGUGUUUGUUAUUUGUGUGUGUGUGAGUUUCAACUGUUCGAUUACCAUACGAAACAAAGGCGAUUUCUCGGCAAAUUGCAGUUUGCAUUUGCCUUUGCUUUGUUUGUUGCCAGGUCAAACACAGCAACAAACGGUUAAUUCUGAAUGAGAAGUGGACACAAAAAAUAAAAAAAUUCGUCACUGACCUCGACCCUAGACAAUUUACAGCAGCAGUGUUGUUGCCGGCAGUACAUACAUAUAUGCACAUAUGUAUAUGCAUUAUAUUAAUAUAUGUAUGUACAUUGCUGUGGACAGAGAGUGAGUGUGCAUAAAAUAUUAAUAAAGCAGUCAAUUGCAAAGAGGAAGCAGCAAACGCCAGCUCGAUUUGCGUUUUACUUGUAAUUUGGUGGCGUAACGGUAAACGCGCAAGUGAUAAAUUGUACCUUAAAUAAACAGAACGAAUCGCAUAUUAUGAACCGUACCAGAAGAAAGAUUGUACGUCCAAAAAAUCCCUACACAAAUGCAAAUCUAUUCUCACAAUGGAGUUUCUGGUGGAUGCGAGAUCUGUUCAAGCGCGGCCUACAGGGCCCACUCACAGAUGAGGAGCUGUAUCAGCAUCGAAAAACGCUGGACAGCGAGCGCGUGACGAGCAAGUUCAGCGAAUUGUGGGAGGAUGAGAAGAAACGCAGCAAUCCGAGCGUUGUGCGCAUGAUAUUUCGUGCAUAUGGCAGCGUAUUUAUGCCGUUGGGCAUAGCCUUUUCCAUGGUCGAGUCCUGUUGCAAAUCCCUAAUGCCCUUGUUUCUGGGCUGUCUGGUUGGUUAUUUUGCGGCGGAUCAGACAACGAUAAGCGAGUCGGAGGCGUACUGCUAUGCGCUUGGCAUUGUGGUGUGCAUGCUGGUGCCUGUGUUGACAUUUCAUCCCUUCAUCUUUUACAUAUUUCAAGUGGGCACCAAACUGCGCCUAGCCCUCUCAGGGCUCAUCUACCGCAAGUGCCUGCAGGUCUCCAAGAGCAGCAGCAAUGAUGGUCUACGCGCACGCGCCAUCAAUAUACUGUCCAACGAUUUGGGACGCUUCGAUGUGGCGCUCUGUUUUCUGCAUGACACAUGGAAGGGACCCAUGGAAUCGAUACUCAUCGGUUAUCUGAUGUAUCGCGAGAUCGGCAUGUCCGCUGUCAUAGGUGUCUCCUUUAUGCUCAGCUUUAUACCGCUCCAGGCGUGGGCAGCAAAAAAGGCGGCCUAUUAUCGCCAGAAGACGGCGGAGCGCACAGACAUGCGUGUAAAGCUAAUGAACGAGAUUAUUCAGGGCAUACAGGUGAUCAAAAUGUAUGCCUGGGAGAAGUCCUUUGCGCGCGUCGUUGCCGAGGUACGACUCAAGGAAGUGAAGGCCAUACGCGGCACUGCCUACAUUCAUGCAGCGCUCAGCUGCACUUCGAUGAUCUCGCCGCUGUCUGUGUUCCUAGCUCUGUGCUCAUAUGUAUAUCUGGGUGAUGCGCUGACCGCCAAGAAGGUCUACAUGGUCUCCUCCUACUUCAACAUGCUUAACGACUCCAUGGUGCACUUUUGGCCUUUAUCUUUGACAUUCAUCGCGGAAGCUUUGGUCUCGUCGCGACGCUGUAAGGAAUUUCUGCUGGAUGGCGACAAGGCCGAGGUGCCCAUCAAUUUGGAGGCCGAUGCCAAGCAGUCUAAGAACAAGCGCAAGCUAACGGAAGAGGACAAACUGAAGAAUUUGGAGCUAAACGGCUCGCUGCUGGUCAAUGGUCAGCCGCAGAUGACACAAUCACAGCCGCCCAAUCGGCUGCGCGACUAUUGUCCCGAGGCGCCCCAGAAGUGUGUGAUCCUAAGGAACGUUACCGCCUCGUGGGACGCCAGUGAUGGCCAUUCCAAUUGUGCCAUCGAUAGCUUCAGCACCGAUAUUCAGGAUCAGACAUUGACAGCUGUCGUGGGUCCAGUUGGUGCGGGCAAAUCCAGCUUUCUGAAUGUUCUGCUCGGCGAGGUGGGCAUUGAUCAGGGCGAGGCCUUAGUUCAUGGCAAAAUAUCGUAUGCGGCACAGGAGCCGUGGGUCUUUGAGGGCACCAUACGCGACAAUAUUGUCUUUGUGGAGGACUACAAUGAGCGCCGGUACAAGAAGGUGAUCAAGGCGUGCGCCUUGGAACGCGACAUGGAGCUGCUGCCCAGGGGCGAUUUAACCGUGGUAGGUGAACGAGGCGUCAGCCUCAGUGGCGGUCAGAAGGCACGCGUGAAUCUAGCACGUGCUGUUUACCGCAAGGCAGACAUCUAUCUGCUGGACGAUCCGCUGUCCGCCGUCGACACGCAUGUGGGCAAGCACAUCUUUGAGAAAUGCAUACGCGACUUUCUAUCCAAUAAGAUACGCAUAUUGGUCACACAUCAGCUGCAGUAUCUGUUCGAUGUGGAGCACCUGCUGCUGAUGUCCAGCGGCAAGGUUGUAGCCCAAGGCAGCUAUCAGGAACUGCAGCGUUCGCGCCAAUUUCAGUUUCUGGAGCAGACGCACGACGAGAGCGGCAUCGAUACGCACAGCGUUAGCAGUCAUAUGUCGCGCAGCGAUUCCGAGAAGAGCAUGGAACAUCAUCAGCACAAUCCGCUGCUGCGACCCGAUGAAACUGUCGAGGAGCUCAACCAGGAGCAGCAGAGUGUGGGAGCGGUCAAGUUCAGUGUAUACGCCUCGUACUUCAAGGCACUAGAGAGCACAUUUCUGCUGGGUUUGAUUGUGGUGCUCUUCAUUUGCGCCAGGGUGAUGCUCACGGGCGUAGACUACUUCCUCUCACGCUGGGUCAUUUGGGAGGAGAAGAUUGCGCUAAAUGGCAGCACAGUUGCUCUGCCUGCGGCUGUUAAUGCAACGUUGGAUUUGUCCACCGAGGCGCCUGUUAAUGAUACAGUGAACACGGCUACACCGACAAGUUUUGAGAGCGUCGAGGAUGACGUUCGCCAGCAGCUAGUCUUAUUCUAUGCUGUUAUUCUGGCCGCAACGCUUAUUGUUUACCUUAUGCGCACCUUUGGCUACUUUCGGAUGUGUCUGCGCAUCUCCCUGCGACUGCACGAUCGUCUCUUUCGCGGCAUCACGCGCGCCAGCAUGUAUUUCUUCAAUACAAACUCUUCGGGUCGCAUUUUGAAUCGAUUCUCCAAGGAUAUACGCACGGUGGAUACAGAUCUGCCGCACACCCUGCUCGAUUGUCUGGCUUUUGCCAUUGAUGUCUCCGGCGUUUUGAUCAUUGUGGCCAUUGCCAAUUAUUGGCUGCUGGUGCCCGCCGCCGUGAUUGUCGUCGUAUUGGCCUGCAUACGUUAUCUCUAUGUGAACACCAGUCGCAGCGUGAAGAGACUGGAGGGCAUAUCUCGCAGCCCUGUCUACUCGCUGACAAAUCAAACGUUCCAGGGCCUGACCACGGUACGUGCUCUGCAGGCACAGAGCGCCUUGGAGACGGAGUUUCACGAGUAUCAGAAUGCAAAUACCUCGGCCUGGUUUCUGUUUCUCUCCUGUACACGCGCGUUUGCCCUAUGGUCGGAUCUGUUGUGCAUUGGCUAUAUGACGGCGGUCACAUUCAGUUUCCUGUUGCUGCGCAACGAGUUCAACAGCGGCGAUGUUGGCCUGGCCAUAUUGCACAGCACCACCAUGACGGGCAUGUGCCAGUGGGGCAUGCGUCAGACAGCCGAGCUGGAGAAUGAGAUGACAAGUGUAGAGCGUGUCCUCGAGUAUACGGAGCAGCCAUCGGAGCCGCCGCUGGAGACGCCCGAGAAAUUUAAACCGAAAACCGAGUGGCCCAGCAAGGGACGCAUCGAAUUCAUCAAUUUCAAAUUGCGCUAUUCACCCAAAGAGGCGCCGGUGCUGCGGGACCUGAACUUUACCAUUGAGUCGCGCGAGAAAAUUGGCAUUGUGGGUCGCACCGGUGCUGGCAAAUCUUCAAUUAUACAGUCCAUAUUCCGUUUGGCCUGCAACGAGGGCAUGAUACGCAUCGAUGAUGUGGACAUUGAGCAUAUGGGCUUGCACGAUUUGCGCAGUCGCAUCUCGAUUAUACCCCAGGAUCCGGUGCUGUUCUCGGGUACACUGCGCUAUAAUCUGGAUCCGAUGGAUGAGCGUACGGACGACGAGAUGUGGAAGGCGCUGGGCGAUGUCGAGCUGCGUUCCUAUGUAUCCACGCUCAUUGGUGGACUCAAUUGUCGCAUGUACGAUGGCGGCUCCAAUUUCAGCGUGGGCCAGCGCCAGCUUGUGUGCCUGGCACGCGCGAUACUGAGGAACAAUCGCGUGCUGAUACUGGACGAGGCUACGGCAAAUGUGGAUCCAGAAACUGACAAGCUGAUUCAGCAAACGAUACGCUCCAAGUUUGCUAACUGUACGGUGCUCACAAUUGCCCAUCGACUGCAUACAGUUAUGGAUUCGGAUCGUGUGCUGGUCAUGGAUGCGGGCGAGGUGCGCGAACUCGGACAUGCCUAUGAGCUGCUGCAACGCUCCGGUGGUUAUUUACGGCAUUUGGUGGACAACACGGGCUCAGCGACGGCGAAUGCGCUGCAGCAAGCGGCCGAAGAGAGCUACAGCAAGCGGCUGUUAGAUGGACGUGUGCCUGCCGAGGAUCUUAAUCUCACCGCAGCUCUGCACGAGCAGAAGGAGUAGCACAAUCACAACUUACGCACAAAUAUACACACAAACUUACUUAAGAUGUAUAGCAUUGGGAACUGAAAGUAUUAUGAGCGUACAUCGCGUUAUGUUGUACUUAACUUUAAUUUCUGUUUUGUACUUGUAAUUGUCUAAGCCCUAAUUCCGUAUAUAAGUAUGUACAUAUAUCUAUGUAUGUUAGCGUGAUUCAAUUGUUAACUUGUUACUUAAAACUACAAAUGCCGAAUUUAAGAAUGCAACUCUUCCGUUAGGAUAUCUACUAUCUACUAAUAUGCCUCCGCUAUGUCUUCAUAUGUAAUUGUAGAACUCGAAAGCAAUUUGCACAAAUCAAAAUGCGACUUUAAUCAAAUUAUGUCAGUGCUAUUUUUUUUAUACAUCUACUAUAUAGCAUAUGUAGUAUUAAUUUACUAUAUAGCGUAGCGUUACGAAAUUGUACUUAUGUAUGUAGCUAUUUACGUACAAAAUCUCAAUAAAAGUGCCUGAGAAUUAUUACACCAAAUACUA